CCGAAACGUUCUCUAGAAAAAGAAUUUCAAGAGAGUUUUAUCGAAUCAUUCGAUAAAACGUUUUAUGAAAGUAUAGAACAAGUAAAGAAUGCCACGUAAUUUUUGGCAAUGCGUGGUUCGAUCUCUUGACACGUAACAGAAACGAUUAUAUUAAAGAAGAAGGAUUAUUAAAUAACUAUUUAUUUAAGGAUAAAUCAAUGACCCGGGUGGAUGGGAAAAACGAUGAUAAAAUGUCGUGUCUGGGAGACAAUUUUGCUUCUUCUCAAUAUUUUAAGUUUAACGAUAGAUGCGAGCAUAGUUGGAGAGCAUAUCUCGAUGAACGAUGAUAGAAAAAGAUCCAUGGAGAUAGAUGAUUCCGUGUACUCUUGGACAGGACCCAAUGCCCUGGCGAGAUCAGCUUUGGUGGAACGUCAGGAAAGAUUACAAUAUAAUUGCGAGGAGAUCUUGGGAGAUAAGGAAUCCGAGAACCAGGAUCUAAAUCCAGAAUCUUUCAGGAAUAUUCUUGUGGACGAGCAACAUGAACUUUUAUAUUGUUAUGUUCCAAAGGUUGCCUGCACGAACUGGAAACGAGUUCUGAUGGUUGUCACGGGCAAGUGGCCAGGUAACGAUCCUAUGGAGAUACCGGCUGAUCAGGCGCAUUCCCCAAGUACUUUCCAAAGGCUCAGUAAUUAUACUUUGUCCGAGAUCGAACGAAUGCUGGCGACUUAUGACAAACUGAUUGUCGUCAGACACCCUUUAGAAAGAUUAUUGUCCGCCUACAGGAAUAAAUUGGAAGCGAAACACGAGAAGAGUUCGAAAUAUUUUCAAACCCGUUUUGGGAAGAAGAUUAUCAGGAGGUACAGACAAAACGCCACUGUGGAAUCACUGAAAAACGGCGAUGACGUGACAUUUCGAGAGUUCGUACAAUUCGUUACGGACGAUUCGUCGAAUGAGACGCGAAACGAGCACUGGAAGCCGAUAUACGAGCUGUGUCAUCCGUGUUUGGUCAAUUAUAAUCUCGUCAGCAAAUAUGAAAGCUUAGCGGAGGAUGCUACAGAAGUUUUGGAGCGGAUGGGCGUCGAGUCAAUCAAUUUUCCAACCAAACCGAUGAACAGCGAGCCAACUGCGAAGAAACUGGAGAAAUAUUAUUCCACGUUGACGUAUAAGCAACUUCGGAAGUUGGUGGAUUUGUACAAAUUAGAUCUAAGAUUAUUCGAUUAUUCGCUCGAGGACGUGCUGGGAUUCUCGUUGGCUUGAUUGCAAGUUUACUCGAGAAUUUCUGACAACAGAGAUGAAUUACGCUUCGAAUUAUGAAUAACUAUGUUAAUGGUUAAAUAGUAUUAUGCGUUUACUCGGUUGUAAUAAAUCAUACGAGUUAAUUAUUCCUGUUUUCGACAUACAAGCACCGGUUCGCGUGCAUUAAUUUGCUCAGGUCUUUCCUUUAUAUUUAUGUGUCUAGUUAUCAUUUAAUAAAUCGAAAACUGUGAAACAAAGUCUUCGUUCCAUAAGAUCGAACCGGUUAUCGUUUUGAGAAUCGAGAUAGUUGUUAGUUGUAGUAGAGAGAUUUUUUCCUCCUAUGUCGUUGCUCCCUGUAUUUUUAAAACGUUCGCGAAUCUCGUGCCAAGAAUUUAAAAGUAAAAAAACCGGUUGUUUGUGCCAAUGAAACAUCUGUUGAUAACUUUCUUCCAGAAAGUCGUAUGGUGUUCCCUUUGAGUUUCUAGAUCUUGAAAUAUCUGCAUUUCAUUCAUUCGAAUAUUUUAUUUUAUUUAUGUAGAUGUUUAAAAGUAAAAGGUCUAGUGACUGGUGUCUCGGUUAGAUUUGUUGUAACAGGAUGCCCGCCAUAUUCGUGUACCUACGUAUGCUAGUAACGUGUACAAAAUGUACAAUUUACAUUCCUAGAAAUAAUUCAUUUUGUAGCAUGUACUAUAAGUUACCAAUCAACUCUCUCUAUUUGUUAAUACACGAGUAAUUCAAUUGAGAAUUGAAUAAAGAGAUGUUUUAUAAAAUAUUUCAAUUAUGCCAAAGAUUUUAAUAAGAUUACGCCUGAUAAGAAAUUAGAUGAUAAAUCUAUCGAUCGAUAAAAUUUUGAUCGUAUCGAAAGUCACGCGAUUUCAUUAAAUGUUACAAAUAUAAGCGAAUGUACGAAGCUUAGAUUGAAUAUGUUAGCGUAUAUUGUCCAUUAUAAGGUUAAUGUUUGGUUUACGAGAUAAAAUUAACCGAAGGACUGGAAAUGAUGAACGACGUUGGUAAAGAGGAGCAGCUCUGCGCAGCUUAAUCAAAUGUUAAAACUCAGCGAACCGAGUUUCCUCGAGGAUUAAAAUAGCUUUAGCUAUCAAUCAAAUCGAAGGACUCUCCUCUCAUUGAUUAUUGAAUGCUGGAUAAUCGAAUUUAUCGUUUCUUUUCAUUUCCUUGUUUCAUCUUUGUUUGCAUAAAAAAGUUGGAAAAAAAAUUUCUCUUAAAUCAUGAUUACAAUUGUUAAAUAAACAUAUAUAUAUAUAUAUAUAUAUAUAUAUAUAUAUAUAUAUAACAUAUUAAAUAACAUAAACAGAUCACAUUUUAUAUCGUUUUUCUGAUGAAUCAUGUUUUUUUUCAAUGAUUAAAAUUUUAUCACGUGGGAAAAACCGUAGCGCCACACAUGAAUUCUGUCAACAUUCCAAGUUUAAAACGUAGAUGUUU